GUCAUCAGUAUGCGACAGAAUGAGGUGAAAGGUAUCCUAUUCCAACACACUUGAAUUCAAAUUCUGAAGCAACCGAGGUAGUUCAGACUUGACAGUCUGUGCUAGGAAAAUGAAUAUCAAUAGACUUAUGCUUUUAUCUAAAUCUGUUAAGUUUGGGAAGAGUUUAUUGACAUCCAACGCACGACAUGCUGCUGAAGAAGUCACCUUACCCCACCGAACCUUCAAAACUUAUGGAAGGAAUCUUGCCUACGCCAAGGACCUGUUCCUUGGCAAAUUAAACAAAGCUGAGUGCUUCCCAUACCCAGAGAUUAGUAAUGAAGAGCUGGAGGAGAUCAACUCAUUUGUAGCUCCAGUGGAGAAAUUUUUUGCAGAGGAUGUGGAUUCCAAGCGUAUCGACCAUGAAGCCAAGAUUCCUCCAGAGACUCUGAAUGGACUGAAGGAACUGGGUCUGUUUGGGAUUCAGGUCCCAGAGGAGUAUGGUGGCCUUGGCCUGUCCAACACAAUGUAUGCCCGACUUGGAGAAAUCAUCUCUCUGGAUGGUUCCAUCGCUGUUACCCUAGCAGCUCACCAAGCCAUAGGACUCAAGGGCCUUCUAAUAGCUGGAAGUGAGGAGCAGAAGGCAAAGUAUCUUCCCAAGCUUGCAUCAGGAGAACAUGUGGCAGCCUUCUGUCUGACAGAACCCGGCAGUGGGAGCGAUGCAGCCUCCAUUCAGACCAAAGCCUCCCUUUCAGAAGACGGGAAAACAUACCUGCUCAAUGGGUCAAAGAUCUGGAUCUCUAAUGGUGGAUUUGCAGACGUGAUGACAGUGUUUGCUCGUACAGAGGUAGUUGGAGAGGAUGGAGUGAAGAAAGAUAAAAUCAGUGCCUUCAUUGUAGAGCGAGCCUUCGGAGGGGUCACAAGCGGAAAACCUGAAGACAAACUGGGCAUCAGAGGAUCCAACACGUGUGAGGUAUCCUUUGACAACUGUCCCGUCCCAGUGGAGAAUGUGAUCGGGGAAGUAGGAGGAGGCUUCAAGGUUGCAAUGAACAUCCUCAAUUCUGGCAGGUUCAGUAUGGGCAGCGCUGGCGCUGGAAUGAUCAAAAAGCUAAUUGAGAUGACCGCUGAGUACGCUGGCAGCAGAAGACAGUUUGGUAAACAUCUCAGUGAGUUUGGGAUGAUCCAGGAGAAGUUUGCAGUGAUGGCUCAGAAUGCCUUUGUGAUGGAGAGCAUGGCGUACUUGACGGCUGGAAUGAUGGAUAGACCAGGGCUCUCUGACUGUUCUCUGGAGGCUGCUAUGGUCAAGGUAUUCAGCUCAGAGGGCGGCUGGGUCUGUGUGAGUGAGGCAUUGCAGGUUCUGGGAGGGCUGGGCUACACUAAGAACUACCCCUACGAACGCUAUCUCAGAGACUGCCGCAUCCUACUCAUCUUUGAGGGGACCAAUGAGAUCCUGCGAAUGUACAUAGCUCUGACUGGGUUGCAGUAUGCCGGGAAAGUGUUUACAGACAAAAUCAAAAAAAUGAAGAAGGGGAAUGUGGGCGUGGUCUCUGAGAUGCUCGGCAAGAGACUUGGAGAGAUGUUCGGCAGGUCGAGGGAUCUGGGACUCACUGGAACUGAUGGAGUGGUGCAUCCUGCUCUAGCAGACAGCGCUAAGAAACUGGAGCAGAACGUGGUUCAUUUUGGUUCCACAGUGGAGAGUCUGCUCUACAGAUAUGGAAAGACAAUAGUGGACGAGCAACUGAUUCUGAAGCGUGUUGCUGAUAUUCUAAUCAACCUGUAUGCCAUGACUGCUGUCCUAUCACGAUCCAGCCGUUCCAUCUCAAUAGGCCUCAGGAACCACGACCACGAGGUGCUGCUGGCUAACACAUUCUGUACCGACGCAUUCUUCAAAAACAACUACUGGAUGACUCAGCUGCAGAAAAAUUCCCUCGAGAACCAAGAUGAGAACAUCAAGAAGAUUGCCCGACAGGUUCUUGAGAAGAGGUCCUAUAUCUGUUCCCAUCCUUUGGACAGAACCUUCUAAAGGAAUAGUACUUCAACGGAACUCUGACUGGACGUGUCAGUGGUGCAUUAUUACCUUUGGGCUGGAGCCCUGUGUUAACCUAUCUGCCUGGCUUCAUGUUGUGGGCUGCCAGUCUUGCUUCUCAAGUUCCAUAAAUUGCUGGUGUGCAGUUGCCUGGACCUGUGUGUUGUGUGUUAACACUAGGACCGCCAAAUGCCUACGGAAUUGGCGUUUGAAUUUUCAGUUAAAAUAAAACUGCCAUUUUGAAAGCUA